AUGAUGAAUAUUGAAGUUGAACAAAUAUCCAAUGAGCUUAUCAAGCCAUCUUAUCCAACUCCUAAGAAUCUUGGGCGUUACAAACUAUCAUUACUCGACCAAUCAUCUCCCAAAUUCUACGACCCUUUGCUAUUUUAUUACAAAAUGAAAAGUACUACGACCAUUAUUCCGGCCAUCAUUCUAAAAAGGUCCUUAUCAACCAUCUUAACCCAUUACUACCCUUUAGCUGGACGACUCGAAAAGCAUGGACAAUUCAUCAAUUGCAACGACGAGGGUGUUCUGUUCGUGGAAGCUCAAGCAAAAGGGCAACUUUCUCAAGUUAUGUCCAAUCCAAUAGCUCAAGAACUCAACAUGUUUUGCCCUUUAAUUUCUCGCCAUGAUGAAGGUGACAAUGUUCAUCAAAUUCUAUUUGGGGUUCAACUUAACAUGUUUGAGUGUGGAGGAAUCGUUGUUGGUAUUAGCUUUUCUGAUAAAAUUGCUGACGCUUUGUCAUGGAUGAGAUUUAUCAAAACUUGGGCGAUGAUGGCUCGAGCCGGAACAACCACCAUGUUACCAAAAUCGCUUCGUCCUGAGUUUGUCUCUGCAGCUCUAUUUCCCCCUAAACCCCUAUCCUUGAAGAAAAGAGAGACUGAUACCAUGAAGAAAGGUAUCAUAACAAAGAUUUUUGUUUUCAAUGGUUUCUCAGUUGAGGCCUUAAGAACAAUGUAUUGGGACAAAGAAAACAACAUUAAUAUUCGACCUUCGCGUGUUGAGACUUUAUCUACUUUCUUAAUAAGUAGGUUUGAGGCUGCGUUGUCAGCCGCCGAAGCAGCAAAGCAGAAAACAGAAAGGUUUUAUACCAUUUUGCACACUGUGAAUCUUCAUCCAAGGAUGAAUCCACCUGUGGCUGAAAACUCAUUUGGACACUUUUUAGUGUACACAAGCACACAUGUUCCGGCCUCGAGUAUUAAUGGGGAAGCUUCUAUUACUAGUGGGAUUGUGAAGAAGAUAAGAGAAGGUGUUAAGAGAGUGAACAAAGAGUAUAUUGGUAAACUCCAAAUGGGGAUAGAUGAUGAAUCCAAUAUGAUCAAACAAAACUCAAAAAGUGUAGAGAACAGAGGAGGUGAAGUGAUUGAAUUUCAGGUUACAAGUUUGAGUCGAUUUCAUUUUUAUGAAAUUGAUUUUGGUUGGGGUAAGCCUGAUUGGUCUAGCACAGGUGCUUGGAGUUUUGAUAAAAUUAUUGCUUUUUUUGACACAAGUGAUGGUAAUGGAAUUGAAGCUUAUGUUAGUUUGAAAGAGGAAGACAUGGCCAUGUUUGAAGCAGAUAAACAGCUUUGCAAAUUUACCACUCCUAAUUAUUAUUUUCCCCAUGUCAACUCAAAUCUUUGA